AGACCGGCAUCCACAAGGGCAGUAGUUGGCGGAGAGGCAGUAAGUGAGCACGCGCCCUUCACGCCGCGGCUAAUACACUUGAACCCCCAGAACCCACACCGCUACGCCCACACCUGCAGGAAUGAGACUACUGACGCUGGCGCUGCUGCUUGUGGCAGGCACAGUGAAGGCGGACUUUGACGAUGAAGUGGACCUGCAGCAACACUUGGACAAACUGUCCAAUCCGAGGUACCCCAUUGAGAGCAACACGAACAAUCGAGGCGUUGUGAGGGACUACAUCAUCGAGAGGAUGAAAUACUACGGACUGGAAGUGAAAACACAGAAAUUCAACACCACGAUUAACAAGGACCCUCUUGGCAUCAAUUCCGACCGCAUUGAGGUUCAAGGAACAAACGUGAUUGGAAUCCAGCGGGCUGUGACAGAACACCCUGGUGCUGUGGUGGUGGUGGGAGCCGACUAUGACUCCAAUGGCGUGGAUCAUCCCCUCUUCUACAACGGCGCAGGCGUGGCGACCCUUCUGGAGGUGGCACGCAUGUACUCCGUCAACGAGAGGUGGUCAGGUCACUAUGUCGCCAAUUACACCACCAUUUUCGUGGCUUUCGACAUCAACACCAAACUCCACCAGGACUCCCCGGGACGCCCUGGCGGCUAUUACUUCGUCCAGAACUGGCUGAUGCCUUUCCUGAAGCAGAAGGAAUACUUCGGCGGCGCCAUCAUCCUGGACUCCGUCAUGAACGUGAAUUACAAAGAUAACUCUCAGAUCCUCAGUAGCAACUUCCAGAAUAUUUUCCCUGACACGUACAAGAGACUGCAAAACGAUAACAAUAAGGGAAACUUCCUGGCUAUGGUGUCCAAUGGGGAUAAAGAGCCGACUAAGAUACUAAGAGAGCAGUUCUCAGGCAGUUACUACAAGGAUCGCCGCUCCCAACCCUUCAGACUGGAGGACAUGAAGCUCAGCAGUGGUGUAAAGUUUGACAACCUGUUGGAACAGUUUACUAAGUCUGACAACAUUCACUUCUGGAACGCCAAGGAUUUCAACGGAGAACCCAUCCAGCUGCCUGCUCUCCUGCUCACCGACACCAAGAACUCACGAACCCUGUCAACCACCAACUGUAUCACGGACCCUUGCCGCCCUGUUGAACUGGUAACAGAGGAGAGGACUGAGUUCGUCGAAGCCACUGUGAAGGGCGUGACCACAUUCCUCUUCAAUCGCCAAGCUACUCGUCUUCCCUAUGAGCCUUCUUCGAGUAUGUCCAGUCUUCCCUCAGCCAUCAUGACGGUGUUGAUGCUCGCCCUCGUCCGCCUCUACAUGUGAUCGAAGAGGCGAGAAGGAAGGGCGGAUGGCAGAGAGGACGGAGGGGAAAAGGAAUAGAGUAAAAGGGUGAAAAUAACUUCAUUCUUAUUACUCUUAUCAGUCAUCGUCAAUCUCAUUUAUGAACUCUUAUCUCCUCCCUCUCUUACCUUCUACAAGGCUCCCCUUCCUCUCCUACUCUGCCUCCCUCCAUCUAUUCAUCCUCUAAUGGUGUAAUUUCUGCCUUUGCAAUACCAAGGAAUGGUCAGAUGUCAUAAUUAAAGUAAAGAUUUGGCAGCGUGCAGUUCAAUUCACUUAUCAAUACAUGUAAAUCAACACAUGGACUAAUGAACUGAUUUAUAGAGUUCCACAAAGUCCGAGAGAGGGUUGCCAGAUACUGCUUUCUGUCUGAAAUAUUUUGUACUACUUUGGUCAGCUGUGCAUAAGAAAAGAACACCUGGAUUACAGUAGAGAGACGCCGAACAGUGAUGAGGUCCCAUGGUGUACACUUACUGAUCCACCCACUGGAAUGAAAACAAUAAAUGGGUCUCCUUGUGUCACAUCAUCAAGGUCUUCUUCUGUGUCCUUUGUAGUGAUAGUAAGGCAAUUAAUUCUUCACCUCAGUAAACCUUGAUGACUUUACGAAGAUCACUUGAACUACAGUCGCUAAAAUGAACUAUAUCCGAUCACUCCAUUUCUGUCAGUACUGUCUUCUUACUUUAAACUUACACCAUACUACUGACCUCAAGAGGCCAUGAUAGUCAAACGUCAAAACAUUUAGACCUGUAGAAUAACUUAGAAGUUCAAGAUUACACAGCGCCAUCUAUGGACAACUAAAAUAAGAUCUCUGGAGUCUAACAGUAUAAUAAAUCUUCCCGUUCCUUAUACUCAACAUAUCAAAAGCCUGGACGAGUUAACAGUUUUUAAUAUAGUCCUGAUCACUGUCUCUACGUAAUUUUUGAAAACCUUAAGAUCAUUUUUUUAGCUCGUAAGGAUGAUGUUAUGUUACGUCCGUGUCCUUUUGAUAAUGACGGUAAUUGAGGUGCUGUCUGUCCUUUCCACCUGCCUAUCACCUCCCAGUCACCUCUCCUUUACCCGCUUUCCUUCUCUAGAACAUAAAGGAAACUGCAUGAAGCCAAUUGGCCUACACGUGGUGGUCCCUGAGUAAUACCUGUACCCACUAUCCAUGUCUUUUAAUACCCCACUAGAAGCUUGUACAUUACUAUACCAACUGUUUGUAUCUCGUUAAUGUGCCCUCACUCUCCUCCUCUAGUCCUGUCGAUUCAACCUUUCCUGGUGCAGUUUGUAGUUGCAUCUUUCUUCAUUCCAGAUUGUCACGUAAAGACAAUAAUUGGUUGAUGAUAGGUUCACUUUUUUCUGGUUCAUUUUUUUCUCUUUUUUAAUUUUGUCUUGCUGUGCCUCUACGGUGUUCACGUAAUGUCCAGUUAAUGUGUUAAUGAGGCGAACGUGUCAAUAAAUAUCAGUUUGUC